AAAGCAGGCUAUUGAAGACUGAGCCUCUCAUCAGCCACCUGAUAUUCAGUUUCACAAAUACACACAAACAAUUUGAAAAUGUCGACUCCAAAACUUGUCCGUGUUGCUCAAUCUGCAGUUUUCAACCAAUUCAUGACAAGAGAAGCAAUCAGCUCAGCCACCUUCCGCCCAGCAGAGCCAAAAAUGAUGGACCAGCCAAAAAUGAACAUCCGAAUUCACGAUGAAUCGACACACUUGAAAUUCGGAUUCCCAAAAACCGAAAAAGUGUCGAACCCUGACGACUUCAUUCAAUUGAACUGCGAAAAGUUGAUAAAAGAAGAACAAGACCGACAAUGCGCUUUUCUAAAGCUCACAAACCUUCGUUUUUAAAUAAUUUCUUUUCCCAACUUCUAUCAUCUACAAGAUGUGAUUGUAAUUAAUUAAUAUAUUGUACUAGAGUAGGAACAUUUGUACUCUCUUCAUUUGAAAACACAUUGCUUUACACUUUACACUGUUUCUAUUUGUGAUUUUUUGCCGAUGUACAAUUUGAAAAUAAACGACUACUUGAUGG